GGUCCUAUUGCGUUACUAGUUCUGUCUUGACAACGGUGUAUUUAGCAGACAGUUUCGACGCUGCUAGGGCAGGUUUCAUUGAGUUGUUUAACAUAUCUUACCUUGGAAGAGGCCUAUCCAUUCCAAAAUGAGUCAACGGCAAGUAUUACAAGUGUUUGAGCAGUACCAAAAGGCAAGAACACAGUUUGUCCAGACAGUAGCAGAGUUAGCAAGCAGACCACAGAACAUCGAAACACUUCAAAAUGCCGGUGUCAUGUCUCUUCUGCGACCACUUUUAUUGGACAUUGUGCCAACCAUCCAACAGACUGCUGCUUUGGCGCUAGGACGUCUGGCCAACUACAAUGAUGACUUAGCAGAGGCUGUAGUUAAGGGAGAUAUUCUUCCUCAACUUGUCUACUCCCUUGCUGAGCAAAAUAGAUUCUACAAGAAAGCUGCAGCAUUUGUUCUGAGGGCUGUUGCUAAACACUCCCCCCAACUGGCCCAGUCUGUCGUAGAUUGUGGUGCGCUCGAUGCACUUGUUAUUUGUUUGGAGGAGUUUGAUCCAGGUGUAAAAGAAGGUGCAGCGUGGGCGUUAGGUUACAUAGCCAGGCAUAAUGCAGAGCUUGCCCAGGCAGUGGUUGAUGCUGGAGCUGUUCCUCUGUUGGUUCUCUGUAUCCAGGAGCCAGAGCUCUCCCUAAAACGAAUCGCUGCUUCUGCCCUCAGUGAUAUCUGCAAACAUUCUCCUGAGCUUGCCCAGACAGUUGUAGAUGCAGGAGCAAUUGCUCACCUCGCUCAAAUGAUUCUCAAUCCUGAUGCUAAGCUGAAGAGACAAGUGUUUUCUGCCCUGAGUCAAAUCUCGAAACACUCUGUGGACCUGGCCGAGAUGGUAGUGGAGGCCGAAAUCUUCCCAGCAGUUCUCACCUGCCUGAAAGAUCCGGAUGAGUAUGUCAAGAAGAAUGUAGCCACCCUUAUCAGAGAAAUCGCAAAACACACCCCAGAGCUGGCCCAGUUGAUUGUGAAUGCUGGUGGAGUAGCAGCAGUUGUAGACUAUGUUGGGGAAUGUAGGAGUAACAUCCGACUUCCAGGAAUAAUGAUGUUGGGAUAUGUAGCUGCACACUCAGAAAACCUUGCCAUGGCUGUGAUUGUAUCCAAGGGAGUUGUACAAUUAGCUAUAGCUUUAUCUGAGGAGGCAGAGGACCACAUUCAGGCAGCUGCAGCCUGGGCACUAGGACAGAUUGGUCGCCACACCCCGGAACACUCUAAAGCAGUUGCUGUCGCUAACGUCCUCCCCAAACUUCUCCAGUGUUACCUCCGUGCUGAUGCAUCCGAAGAUUUACAGACCAAGAGUAAAAAAGCCCUGAAGAACAUCCUACAGAAGUGUGUACAUCUACCAGCCCUGGAACCACUACUACACGAUGCCCCUCCAAAUAUCCUCAAACACGUUGUCGGUCAGUUCAGCAAAGUUCUCCCACACGACUCCAAAGCCAGACGAUUCUUUGUCACCAGUGGUGGUCUGAAGAAAAUCCAGGAAAUAAAAGCAGAACCAGGUUCAGCCCUCGCCGAGUAUGUGAACACAAUCAACAACUGCUAUCCAGAAGAAAUUGUCAAAUACUACUCCCCUGGCUAUUCUGAUGCCCUGUUAGAAAGAGUGGAACAGUUCGCACCUCGAGCUUAGAGUCGCGUUUAUUGACUAUAUACUUGUUGUCAUAUAUUCUGUUAAACCAUACAGACAUUUGGAUACAUUUACAUACUGCGAAUCAGAACCUCCAUGGUGGCUAGAAGGGAAGCAUACAUUGCCUUAUCUAGCGGUUUAUCAUUGUGGUAAACCACCAAUUAUUAUUCACCAUGGACUUCUACAAGUGCUGGAGGAAAACAUCAUACAGACUGGAAUUGGAUAUUUACUUUUGAUUAUCAGGCAUCCUGUGAUUAGUUGUAUUUUGUUUACGUUUCAUUUUCGUAAGAAUUUAUCAAUGCAUCUUUGUAUUAGGAUAAAGUUGUUUUAUUAUUUUUUUUUUCAAAACCAUCAGCAGUCUAUAUACAAUAUAUCAACUACUUGCGCAACUAUUUUUUUGCUACACAAAUUCUGAAAUGUGUUUUAAUUGAAUUAUUGAAAAUUUCCCUUAAAGACCAAAAGAACUUCAAUUGACGAUUUUAAAAAUAAAUAUUGCAAGAAGUUAUAGUGUAAGGUACAGACAUUAUCUGUCCUCAUUUCUGUUAUAUGAUGAUAUCAAAAUAAAAAGUCAUAACAAAAACUGUCAUUUGAAUGUUAAAUUCAAUUAAAGAACUGAAAAUAAAUGUGAUAUAUUGAUUAUUAAAGUGUAUACAUUUAUCAGCUGAUAGAAACUAAUAAUUAACAGUUCCAUACAGUAAUUUAUAAUCAUCUUUGUUGUAUUCAUUAUUGAUUUGGGGGGAGGGGGGGGGGGGGGGUAGGGGGAGAGGGCUGAUGGGAAGGGGAGGAGGUAUGAGUUGUGAAGAAUCAGAAUUAUAUAGAGCUAAAGAGAGAAAAAUAGAAACAACAUAAUUCCUGGAUAUUAAUUAGAAAUCAUAAAGUGAGACUUCUGAUAACAUACUCAAGUCAAUUACCAGAAAAAAAACAGUGAAAGUUAGCAAUGUGAAAAUAUAUUGCCUAUACCAUCUACUGUCAAUCCACUGCCAAAAGAUCAAAGUAAGGAAUUGAAAUUAAAUUGUUAUAUAUAGUAACUACAUGUACCAGUAAAUAUUUAAAAAAAGUAAACUGGUUUUAAAAGGCUAUAUCCAUUUUUUUGUACUUUUAAUCAGAUAAGAAAUAUUCUUGUACAAAAAGUAUACAAAUAAAACAUUAUUUUGGAAGAAGA